AUGAGAUAUUUCCACUUCCACGAGGUGCCUUCCCAUUUGCAAGACAACCUGUACAUUCUUUCCGGAUAUCGGGCCCACUAUAACUUUUCCCAAUGCUUCAAAUCGAUUUUUGCAAUUCAUAAUGAAACAGGAAAUAUUUGGACCCAUUUGAUUGGCGCUCUGGUUUUCCUUGUUUUUUUGAUCGUCGGAUACCAAAAUUUGCCGCAGCACGCGACCAGCUUGGAUUAUGCGAUGGUCACGAUUUUCCUGGUGUCCGCCAUAAAAUGCUUGCUUUGCUCCACAAUUUUCCACACUUUUUCGUGCCACUCGCAUUCUUCGGUUUACGAUAUCGUGGCCAUUCUCGAUUACUCCGGCAUCUCCUUGCUGAUCUUGGGCUCUUUUGUGAUUUAUUUGAAUUACGCCCUGUAUUGCCACAACACGCUACGGUGGGUCUACAUCGCGCUGGUUACGGUUCUCUGCCUUUCCGGCGUCGUAUUGCCUUGGUUUCCAUUUUUUAGAACGAACGAAUUUCGAGUGUGGAGGACGCUGUUUUUUGUCGGCAUGGGCAUUGCAGCUGGGCUCAUCUCGGCACACUCCAUUUUCUUAAAUGGCUGGACACAAUGGAGUGACCUGGUGCCAGCAGAAUAUUUGCUGAUAGAAAUCGUGCUGUAUUUAGCCGGUGCAUAUGUGUAUGUUGUGCGAAUUCCCGAAGCUUGGUUUCCUGGAAAGCUAGACCAUUUUUUCCAUUCGCAUCAAGUCUGGCAUGUGAUGGUAUUUCUUGCUGCAUUUUUCCAUUAUAUCGCCUCCAUAAGAUUAAUGGAUUCCAGACUGGCGAACGAUACAUGUGCUCUCUACAAUUGA